UUAGAUUGGAUUUCAUAUUCGCUGUGUAGGGAUUUGAAUUGAUCGUUGCAAAAAUCAAUAUGUCUUUUAAUUUGGCUGGAAAGAAAUUCCUAGUCACAGGAGCAGGUCGUGGAAUAGGCCGAGUUCUCUCUAAGAUUUUAAGUGAACAAGGAUGCAAAGUUUAUGCACUUAGUCGCACGAAAGAAACGCUUGACACCUUGUCAGCGGAAAAUUCAAAUAUACACACAAUCCAAGCUGAUGUAAGGAACUGGGAUGAACUGAGAAACAAACUUGAUGGGAUCGAAGUUCUAGAUGGACUUAUUAAUAAUGCGGGUGUAACGGAAGGACUUUCUGGUCCUGCAUUAGAUGUUUCGAAGGCGUCCUUAGAUAAGUAUUUCGAAACUGGUGUCUUAGCAUCAAUCAAUACAAUUCAGAUCAUCGGAAAGAAAAUGGUAGAUGCUAAAAGAUCGGGCUCAAUUGUGAAUGUUUCCAGUGUGUUAUCGCUACAAAGUUUUCCGCAAAACAUAGGAUAUAACACAAACAAGGCAGCACUCGAUAUGAUCACUAAACAAUUCGCGCUGGAGUUAGCACCACAUCACAUUAGAGUGAACAGUGUCAACCCCACACUUGUUGAUACAGAACCAGUACAGAAUUUCAUAAAAGAUGUGUCACCGGUAGAUAAACUCUUUAUCGAAAAGACACCAAUGGCACGCAUACCGGAAGUGAAUGAAAUUGUGUACCCAAUCUUGUAUCUUCUUAGCGAUUUCUCAUCAAUGGUUUCGGGGACUACACAUAUCGUUGACGGUGGAAUGAUGUCGGCAUUCGCUACUAAAUUGUAAAUGUAUUCAGUACAUAUUCUGUCAAAUGAAAUUUCUGGAUGAAAAGAGAUAUAAAAACAAACUAUUGAAAUAUGUGAAGUUUUAUGUUGUGUCAAAAUGAUAUAACUUCUUAUUUUUGUAACUUUAAUAAUCGUGUCUGUUUAGACUUUGUGUGUCAUUGUUUAUGGUUACGUGGCCGAGUGGCUAAGCUCGCUGACUUCAAAUCACUUGCCCCUAACCGAUGUGGGUUCGAGCUUCACUUUAGGCGUAGAAAUCUAUGUUUGAGGAAGUCAUGCAGCUGGCUUACGGAAAUUAGGUGGUUCUGCCAAGGUGCCAGCACGUGAUGAAAUAAUGCCCGUAGAGACACUUGGGGUCUUCCUCCACCAUAAAACGCUGGAAAGUUGCCAAUACAACGUCUAAGUAGUUCGGUAUUCAAGCUUUAUUUUAUGCUUAUUGGUGAAAUAUUGGAAAAUAGUAGUGAGAUAUAAAUCGAUAUCACUCACAGUGCCGAACUUCUUUUUUUUCCAGAUAAAUUAUCUCCCUUGAAAUAUAUUCUUUAAUUACCUCCCUUUGCUGCCUUUAAAAUUACUGGAUUACACUAUUACUCAAGUCAUACACGAGUCAUGAACUGCUAGACAAUCCUAUAUAGAACAGGCUAGCUAUAUAAUUAAAUUUGCAAAGAAAUAAUGUUACCUUUGUCAGCUUGGUUGCUAGGCCUUGCCAUUCAUGUAGAUAUGUGUGUUUCCUCUACUUUUUUCCACUGGUUCACUAUCGUGUGGUAGAUAUUACUGGCGACAGCACAUUUAGCUGGUUGUUGUCUUAGUUAAUUAUCACAAGACAUCAACUCAACCUUACGUAAUAUGCCAGCAUUUUCGUCGAAGUACUUUCCCACUCCAACUCCAAGCCCAGCCAGUUGUGUUCAAACUUCCAUCCAUUUUGUUAUGCUAUGCUAGAUCAACAUUUCCUAGUUAUUUCUAUUUAAUCUAUGAUGAUAUUUAAUUCUGCAGCUUGAUUUUCCAAGGACUUACGCAUAUUCAACAGUUGUUUAGAUUUUUCGUGUUGUUUUUUAAUCUGACCUUCAGCGUGUGUUUUGGUAAACAAAGCAAGCUUCCGGUUAUUCUACGAACUGACGGAUUGACCCGAAAAGUUUUAAAUAUGCUUCUACUUAACUACGCGCAUUUGUCAAUGUCUCUGCGGAUUGUGUAUUUUUACACAAAAUAUUUAAAUGCAGUUUUUGUUUUUAAAAAAAACAAAAUGGCGUCGUGUUGAUUUAAUGAACCUAAUCACCAAUAAGAGAGACAUUUUACUGCUGACAAAUACAGAUUCGUGUUGUGAUAGAUGAUAAAUAUCAUUCUAGUAAUGCAGAAAGGUACCACCCGACAGUUAGUCAAAUUUGACAUUUUGUCAUAUUUCAUUAAGAGUUUAUAUAAUUUUCAUUCUGUAAAAAUAGCAUGACUAUAUCUUUAAA